GGAUUUUUCUUUAGUUUUCUUUAUUUAAUGGGCCUGAUCACGAACGUCACUUCACGGUGAAAAAGAAGUGAAUUGUAUAUAAGGUUAUUACGGCUGUCACCGUGUGUGUAGAAUCCGGAAGAGUCCAUCCGUCGUGACAACUUUGAUGAACUCGGUGUUAUUAUGAAUACCACGAAACUGUCACGUCACGAGGAAAAACAAGUAUAUUUGUCACUUGUAUUUUAGAUGGUUUAAGCUAGUCACGAGAAAUGGAAGAAAGAAAAGAUAAACAAACAGCAAUUUACCCGCUUGGUGGCAUUUUUAGAACCAAAUCCUGACGUAUCCAGAGAACGUGAAUUUGUUUAUUUGGAUUCGAUAAAUGUGCUAUGGGAUAUAAUUGAGGACUAGAAAUGUAGCUCCCGUAGACCGAUUGAAACAUGGCGAAUAGUCUGAUUUCGAUUGCCCUAAAUGAAUAGAAAUUUUUUGUUUCUAUUUUAAGGAUUAGACUAACAGAGAGUUGCAACCCCAUAAAAUGGCAAUGGAGGCCACUGACCCAAAACGAUAACUAUGAUUGAUUAUGUAUAGAAUUGAUUUGUUGAUAUUUUGAAUAUAAAGUAAUAACUGUAAUGUUUUUCCAACAUUGCAGAGCUGAUUUUUGUAAUUCAAACAUUCACAAUUGGUGGACAAGACCCGAAUCAGGACGAUAGUUACAUCGAAUAAAGCCAUUGAUCCUUUGUUUUUACAUAAUAGAUAUUUUCAACGAUAUUGUUUUGAAGACAUACUUUGAAUGAAAGAAUAUACAGUUAGCGCUCAACUUCCGAGCUGAUCAGUCGACGUUUUUAGACAAGCAGAUUUCGGAAGUCGUUCACGGACUACUAAAUACGUUUUUUUUAUCGGUUAUUCUUCUAACGUUAUCCGCGACGUGACACCUCGCGAUGCCGCGCCGCGAAAAUACGUUUCGCGUUGACUAUUCGCAGUUUCCGAAGUUACUCUCCCAUGAAGAGAUCCAUAAGUUCAUUGGGAAGGAGCUUGGUCUUACGAGAGAAAAUGUUCUCCAACUCCAGCCCAGCAGACGACUUGGAUGUACCUUCGUUAAGGUCAACGACUUCCAACUUGCCGAGAAGAUAGUGCAACAGCACGACAACAAACACGAUUUCGUAUUUGAUGGAAAGACCUACAAGAUACGAAUUACGAUGGAGGACGGUUCGGUAGAAGUCAAGUUGCUUGAGCUACCCGAGAGCGUCACAAACGACCAGAUUACCGAUUUUCUCGCAGAAUACGGCGAAGUCAUUAGCAUUCGUGACCUACUGUGGGACGACAGAUUCAGCGAAUUUGGUGGUGUAAAAACCGGAGUUCGUGUUGCUCGAAUGAUAGUCACCAAGAAUAUUCCCUCUCUCGUUACAAUCCAGGGCGAAGAAACUGCGUUGAGGUACAAAGGACAACGACAAACUUGCCUACACUGCCAUGAGUUUGUACACAUAGGCAUUCCAUGUGUACAAAACAAGAAACUGCUGGUACAGAAGCUCGCAGCAGAUCAAUCGUACGCUAGCGUAACGAAAAGUAAACCGUCCGAACCCUUACAGAACAAACAAACGAAUCCAAGUAAACCGACAAAAGGUCCGCGUACAAUCGGACUUAACGAUAUUGCGGGUCAACACCCAAGUCUCCUUGGAGUAAGUGAGAUGCAAACUCCAGUACCCAACAAGAAACACACGAUGCCACCCCCCGCAACACCUGCGACAAUGAAACCCUCCACAUCACAAGCUGUAAUCCAGCUCUCGCCGAUUUCUGUUCCGAACGCGAUCACAUCGCAUCGCAGGCCUGAUGGCAAUGAAACCGAUUGCUCACAAACCUCCCAGACCUCGAAUAACAGCCGACGCUCACGAAGACAACCGCCGGGCAAGAAAAUGCGCCAUUCCGGAGAAGACACCAUCACCGCCGAACAUGAACAUGUGAGAAUUUCUGACGACGAAUGCAUUUAGAAAUGGAUAACGUAAGCUGUAAUAUUGGAACGAUAAAUAUCAACACCAUCACCAACCAAAAUAAGAUUAACGCCCUUCGCACAUUCGUUCGCUCAAUGGAGCUAGAUAUAGUAUUUCUGCAGGAGGUUGAAAACGACCAACUUGUAUUGCCCGGUUACAACGUUAUAUGCAAUGUCGACCAUACGAGGAGAGGAACGGCAAUUGCUCUGAAAGAACAUAUAAAAUUCACACACGUAGAGAAGAGCCUGGACGGUAGAUUAGUUGCCCUGCGUGUUCAUAAUGUUACGCUGUGCAAUGUGUAUGCCCCUUCGGGUUCCGUUCUACGUGCCGAACGAGAACGAUUUUUUAACAACACCAUCGCAUACUACCUUCGUCAUCACUCCGAUCACAUCAUAUUAGGAGGCGACUUCAACUGCGUUAUCAGACAAUGCGAUGCGACUGGUCAAAAUUCGAGUCCCGCUCUUCAAGCCACCGUUCAGCAGCUACGUCUGUUUGAUGUGUGGCAGCAAAUCCGUCCACGAGAGAUGGAAUACACAUACAUCACACACAAUUCAUCGUCCAGGCUCGAUCGACUCUACGUGAGCAAUGGUCUCCGAGAACAGCUGAGAUCAACAGCUGUCCAUGUGUGCUGUUUCUCGGAUCACAAAGCAGUUACCGCAAGAAUUUGCCUUCCUCUCCCCGACAGAGCGCAUGGUCGUGGCUUUUGGUCCCUACGUCCACAUCUACUCACCGCCGAAAAUAUAAACGAGUUACAAAUAAGGUGGCAGUACUGGACUCGUCAACGGCAAAAUUACCGUUCAUGGAUGGAAUGGUGGCUGUCGUGCGCAAAACCUAAAAUCAAGUCUUUUUUCCGAUGGAAGUCUAGAACAGCAUUUGAUAUCUUCCAUCGUGAACAACAACGAUUAUAUCAGCUACUACGGCAUGCGUACGAUGGCUACCAAAACAACCGUGCCAUGCUUACCACCAUCAAUCGGAUAAAAGCAAAGAUGCUAACACAUCAGCGAGCUUUCUCCGAAAUGUUCGUGCGAAUUAACGAAACCCUCGUUGCUGGUGAGCCGCUAUCGACCUACCAGCUGGGCGAGCGAGUGCGCCGGAAAACCACUAUCGAGCGGCUGAGAAAUGAGAGAGACGAAGUUAUGGAUGAUUCUACUGCGAUACAAAACUACAUGGUCGAAUACUUCACCAAUCUAUAUACAGCCGGACAUGUAGAAGAAAAUAGCGCAUUUCAGUGCGAGAGAAUUAUACCCGAACAAGAUGACGUAAAUGGAGCGUGCAUGAAUGACAUCACAACGGCUGAAAUUCUUACGGCUAUCCGCACGAGCGCAUCAAGAAAAUCACCAGGCUCCGACGGACUGCCGAAGGAAUUUUAUUUACGCACAUUUGAUGUAAUACACCGUGAAUUGAAUUUGGUGCUUAACGACGCUAUCAGGUCAAAUUUCCCACCUCAGUUCGUCGAUGGGGUGAUCGUGCUAGUGAAAAAACGAGGGACGGGGGACAGCGCACGCUCCUACCGGCCAAUAAGCCUAAUCAACUAUGAUUACAAAAUAUUAUCACGUGUUCUAAAACAGCGGCUGGAGAAUGUGCUCCGAGUUCAUGGAGUUUUGACUGGCUCCCAAAAAUGUUCGAACGCUAAACGCAAUAUAAUUUGGUGCUUAACGACGCUAUCAGGUCAAAUUUCCCACCUCAGUUCGUCGAUGGGGUGAUCGUGCUAGUGAAAAAACGAGGGACGGGGGACAGCGCACGCUCCUACCGGCCAAUAAGCCUAAUCAACUAUGAUUACAAAAUAUUAUCACGUGUUCUAAAACAGCGGCUGGAGAAUGUGCUCCGAGUUCAUGGAGUUUUGACUGGCUCCCAAAAAUGUUCGAACGCUAAACGCAAUAUAUUUCAAGCAACUUUAGCAUUAAAAGACAGGAUCGCACAACUAAAAGCGAACAGGCAAACAGGAAAAUUGAUCUCUUUCGAUCUCGACCAUGCAUUCGAUCGUGUAGACCAUCGCUUCUUGUUUGGUACUAUGCGAGCUUUGGGCUUCGAUACAGCGUUUGUGGAUUUACUCUCCCACAUAGCAUCAUUAUCUUCCUCUCGAUUACUCAUCAAUGGGCACCUCUCCGCUCCGUUUCAAAUCAAACGUUCUGUCCGUCAAGGAGACCCUCUCUCAAUGCAUCUGUUCGUGCUCUACCUUCACCCGCUUCUGCGGCGAUUAGAAGAAGUGUGUGGAGCAGAUCUCAUCAUCGCUUACGCAGAUGACAUUAGUGCCAUUUCAACCAGUGUCGAUAAACUUGAAGCGAUGCGAGAUUUAUUCCGACGCUUCGAGCGGUCAGCG